AUGUUGGGCUCUCUUCGGCUGUGGCUGCGGCUGUGGCUGUUGCUGCUUUUGUUGGCCCGCUGCUUGGCUGCAGUGCAGCCAGCCGAGAGCUAUCGGCCAAGGGCAGUGGAUCGAGCUGCAGUGCACGUGCUGAGGCAUCACAUCAGCCCCAGCUACAAUGCGAUGAGCGUCAUGCAGAUGUCGCACUCGCGGCGCUCCCAGCUCGAGCUGGACCUGGCCUUGGACUAUUUGCUGCAUGAGCUGGGAGAACGGAUGUCGGUGCAAAUGCUGAAUGCCACGCCCAUUGAGGAGCCGCGCGACUACAUACUGUUCCUGGUGGACACGCCGCAUUCAUUUGCCGAGCUGCGCUUUCACUUUGCCAAGACGCUCUUCGACCGCGAGUUCAAUUUCGUGAUCGUGCUCAGCUGGCGAGCCGACACAGAGAAAUCCCUGAUCGCAUCCCUCUACAGCAUCUUCAGGACCUGCCUCAGAUUUCACGUGAUGAACGCCGUGGUGCUGGUGCAGCCCGGCUGGCUGACAGCGGACGUGGUGCAUCUGUAUGGCUUUCGCCUCUAUGCGCUCAGCUGCAAUGUCUCCUUCACGCCGGAGCUGCUCGAUCGGUAUGAGCGCGGCGAGCUGCUGCGGCAGGAGCCGCUCUUUGGCCGCCACCUGGGCACCUUCUACGGCUGCCCGUUGAACAUUAGCUGGUAUCCGUUGCCGCCGUACGUGAUGUUCGAUGGCGACCGGCAUGAUCCCAAGCAGCUCACCGAGACCUGGCGCCUGACGGGCGUCGAUGGCGAGCUGAUCAAGCUGCUGGCGAGCAUCUUCAAGUUCCGUUUGAAUCUGCUGCCGCCGUGCGAGCAGAAGUCAGCUGCACUGGAGCUGAACGCCAGCAUCGCGGACUGUUUCCGUGAGCUGGCGUCCCAGAACUCGUCCGUGAUCAUUGGCGCCAUGAGCGGCUCGCACAUGUACCGGGCGAACUUCUCCACCACCAGCGCGUACCACCAGAGCGCCCUGGUGUUUGUGGUGCGCGUGGAUCAGCACAUGGGCGCUGUGAAUCAGCUGGUGCAGCCGUUCUGCCCCAUCGUCUGGCUGGCCCUGGUCGUCUCCUGCCUGGCCCUGCUCCUGCUGCAUGGCUUGCGCGUCCACACCACGCUCUUGGGCAAUCCACUGGACGCAGCCGCUCUGCCGCGAGCGAGCCUCGUGCGCUGCUAUCUGGGCGCCUGGCUGCUGCUGGCGCUGGUGCAGCGCGCCGCCUACCAGGGCAAGCUGUACGACGCCUUCCGGCUGCCCUACUAUCCGCCAGCGCCGGAGCACAUCGUCGAGCUGCUCGAGGGCCACUACCAAUACCUGACCACCGACUACGAUGACUACUUUCCGGCGCAGCGCAGUCUGCUGCGCAGGACGAGCAUCGUGGAGCGCUUCGACGAGCUGCAAGCGGCCGAGGAUGGGGCGCGCCUGACGACCAGCGCCCUGCUGGGCAGCCUGGCCCACUACAACGACGAGAACUGGCAGAGCAGCCGCCUGACCCAUGUCAAGGAGCACAUCUAUCUGGUGCAGCUGGUCAUGUGCCUGCAUCGGCACUCGAUUCUGAAGUUCGCCUUCGAUCGCAAGCUCAAGCAGCUCCAAUCGGCCGGCAUUGUUGGGCACAUCAGUCGCAAUUUCGAGCCACCCAUGUUCCACAUGCCGUACGCCUCGCACGAGGUCUCGGCGCUACGGCUCGAGAUGUUCUACGGCCUCAACUUUAUUUGCUAUAUCCUGCUGCUGGCCUCUGUGCUCGUCUUUCUGCUCGAGCUGCUCAGUCAGCGCGUCGUCUGGCUAAGGCGUUACCUGGACCCAUAA